AUGUCGGGGCUGAAACCAGACAGCAAGCAAUACAUCCAGUCUCUCGAGCGACGACUUCGGGAUGCUGGAAUACCACCACGAUCAUCACGGGAACCCGAUCAAAAUCCCGUUUUAGCGGGAACUAGUGAUGGUGAAGACGUACCUCAUAUACACACAGUAACAGCAACCGGCGUAACCCAGGCUUUCACAUCGACGUGGCCGAAUGAAAUCACUGAAACUAUCGCCCACGCACAACAGCAUAUGGAUAAAUUCGAACGGAAAGUUUUUGUUCCUCUAUUAUCAAGGGAAUACAUAGCUCAGUUUAUAUCCCACACCCUUGAGGAUUUAUAUCACGUGCGUCCGUUAUUCAACACGAACGAGUUAUUGGAACUUGUGGAUGAACAGUAUGCCGCUGGUCGAUCCGACUGCCACGACGAUCCGACCCGCUGGGCCACGCUCAACACCCUCAUCGCCAUAUGCAUACAAUGGAAGGCCGACAAUAGGGCCAUAAAAGAGUUGUUUCCCUUAUCGUGGGCAUAUUUCAAGAAUGCAUAUGCUAUCUUUCCGGAACUCAUGAUCAAAGGUGCCAGCAUUGGAUCUUGUCGAGCGAUGCUCAUCAUGGCCUUGUUCAUUAAGGGAACUGCCGACGCAAUGGCGUUUACUGGUUUACUUUCCGCCGCUGCGCAUGCCGCUCAAUGCAUUGGCCCACACCUUCAAGAUGUACAUGCCCCGGGGGAGAUAACCAAUGUGGAGAAAUAUAGGCGGAUGUUCUGGCUGAUACACGUGCUUCGGUGCGAUGCGUCGAUGAAAUAUGAUCUCCCAUCCACAUUUGGCGAGGCUGGUGUUGACCUUCCAUACCAAGAGACUAUGAUAGGAGCUGGUACCAGUCCAAAUCUGCUGAAGCACAUGUCGACCUUGUCCUUGAUUCAGUCAAGAAUUAGUCGACACUUACACCCUGCAUCAGCGCUCUGGAACAAUCAUGGCGAGAUGCACCGGGUUCUUGUGAAACUAGAUAAUGAUCUAGCGAUUUGGCUAUCAAGACUACCGUCGGAAUUUCGACCUACGGCUGCGUCCCGGAUGGUUGUACCCGGUGUUGCAGAGAUCAACUUCGCCUACUAUGCUGCUACCUGGAGAAUACACACAGCCAGUAAUAGUCUACAAGGAUCCCAGGAUUCCCCAACUUCUGGGUCCAGUCUGCGUCUUGUUUCACCAACUCCCAUAGAGGGCGCUCGAGCUAUAAUUUCUUUGCUUCAAAGAGUAUCACCGCAGCCUUUGGUCGUUUUAUGGCAAUUCCUAUGCUAUCCUGUUUGCGCCGCCUUGACACUUAUUGCAGCCGCACUUGCCGACCCGAAAGGCUCGGAGGCUCAGUUAAACAUCAUUUGGGUUGGUGAAUUCGUAAAGUUUUUGCAAGACUACCAGAAUCGAGAGGAUUGCGAUUUAAAAAGACUCGUUAGUGGUUGUUCUGCACUAUGCGAUAUUGCGCUCUCUGCAAGACACAGCCGAGGGGGCCAAUCUAAUGAAUAUGAAGAAAGUCAGGCAGAAAUAAGCCAAGAGCAUAAAGAUAUAAUUAUGUGCUUCUCCGAUUCCACAAGCUCAAUGCAAUUUGCGCAAGGUCUUCUGACUAAGAGCCAGUUAACAAAGAAUUUGGAAUACUAG